AUGAACGAAGAAGGUGAGUUCGUGAGAAUGGCUGUAGGAACCUCACGGCAAAAGAAAUUGUAUCCCUUGUUCCUGCCGACGCUGGCUCAAGAAAUCAGUCUAAUGAGUAAAUUAGCAGUAGAUGGGCCACAAUAACUGGGGUGGGGGAUACAGAGUUGAAUGUAUUAGGGAAAACUGGAGUAUCCCGUAGAAUGCCUGGACAUCAUUAAUUAUUCAUCAGCAUUGAAGCGAGAGAUUUGAAAGCACUCGCGCCUUGAAAAGCCCAUUGAUUGAGAGACCCCUCUAGAGACAGUCCAAGUGAGUUUGUCCUGCAAAUGAUCCAAACAAGAAAACCUCGUCUUCCGUAGAAGAAACUGGUUGCGGAUAUCAACUUACCAGGCAUAACUAAAGCAUUGGCUGGUUUUCCAGGUAGUAUAUGAUAACUCAUAAUUUCCAAGCUACUCUAUUUGAAGAGUCACGUCCACUCCUCUUAGUUUACUGUAAUAUGUGAAGUAGACGCUCCUGCGACUUUUAAAAUUGUCCACACAAACUCGACCUUUUUUGUUCAAGUACUAAUGUUGCUUAGUUAAGAUUUGUAUUCACUGAAACGAACGCAUAUACAUACAUACCUACUAGCGUUCUAUAAUAAAUGCUACAUUCUGCCAAUCAUAACAAAAAUCAACAUCAAAAAGUAUAUAGAGGGUAAGAGGCUGUGGUGCUACAACGGUGGGAAGUAUGGAGAGAUUCUAAAGAUGACGUUUCGACAAUAGCUCUUCAUCAAAGCACUCUGAAACGUCAGCUUGAAAAUCUCUUAUCGGUGGCCAAUUUACAUUAUCGACUCUGUUGAUAACACAAAGUGAUCUUGUACGUAGAUCCCAUGAGAACUCAAAGAAAAUGCACACAACUGACCUAACCCUAACCCUAAAAUUCAACUGACGACUGGGCUCAACUUACUUGUUUACGCUCAACCCUUUACACGCUAGCAUCAGUAUUUAUAUUCUUCGUACUGUUCUCUGUACAUUUAUUUAGGUGCUGACUAGGAGAAUCUUUCUGACAAUCUAGAGUUUCUUUAGUUGAUGAUCAUUUCCAUUGUUCUCAUGACCUUUAUGUGUGAUUCAGUGGUGAUAUUGUAAGGAGAAAUUAGAUGCUAGUCACUCUUGCGGGUUAAAGUAUGAGAACAGAAAUCAUUCUCAAUGGUUAAAAUGUCUCCCAGAAGGUAUUUCGAAGAUUAGGUGGUAUUUUUGCUAAGGUGUUGUACAUUAAAGGCUUGGUAUGUAGCUUUCGUCUUCGAGCUUUGAUUUAUCGGAUUUGAUCAGAGUAUAAAAGAGCAAUUUUUCAUGUCGUGUGAGGUUGUACAAAUAAGUACAAAUAGUUUUUAAAAUGUUUAUUAUUAUUAUUAUUAUUAUUAUUAUUUCCAGCUGAUGAUAUUGAUAUAAUCCUGCAGGUAGGAGGACCUGUACCUUUAUAGUUUGACAGUGAGGUGGAACUAGUGCCUUUUCUGAUCCUCAAAGUUGGAAACAAGACAGAGGUUUUGAAAUCAAUCAAGUUCUGCGUAUAUUCUUAUUACAAUGGAAUAUUUUAUGAUAGACAAGGUUACUGUAAGAAUCAUCCAUUAAGUUCUUACCAUUGCCGCAAAUCAGCUCUUUAUUUUCGAUGCAGUGUUUGCCUAAACACUUUCGAUCAUCUGUCUCAAUAGCAGUCUCUUUCUGGCACAAAACGGCUGGCGUCACAUUGUAAUAGGAUGCAAAAGGUGCGCGGUUUUUUUCAAUUUCACACUUUUUCAUUCCUAAGUUUAUAAAGAAAUCCAAGAUAGCACGAGUAAUGAGGCAGAAGCGACAAAAAAAAACGUGAGUAAACGUGACGGUGUAACAACUCGAGGUUUAAUGUGAAGUUGUAGCAAAAUGAUGGUUCAUUUUAAGCUAGAAUACUUCUUGUUGUAUCGAAAAGACGCUGACCUUGGUGUAAAGGUUGUUUAUAAUUUUUGUAUAAUAAAAAUGCGACAAAUGCAUCAUGUAAGUUUGCUUCUGUUCUUAAUUCGCAAUCAGUACACUUGUGGGUUUAACUUACCCCUUUUGCUAAUAAAACAAAAAGACUUAAAAUCUUAGCUCUGGGUUGCAUUAGUAUACGAGUAAAUCUGUUGUCUUAAAUAACUGUCAUGAUUUCAAUAUCAGUGGGAUAUUCAAUUUCGGAUUGACCGGCCCAAUCACUGGUAGAAGGUCAGAGGCAUUAGGCGACGCAUUUCUGAAUUGGCCAGCACAUUCCAUUGUGAUGACGUAUUCUGUGCUGUUUUACUUAAGUAAAAGCCAAUUCUUCUGAUUGAUCGCUCUUUUCCUCAAUGCUUCAAAGACGUUUUAAAAUUCUACUGCCUUAAAUACCAUCCUGACCAACAUCUUUGGAGUUUUUUUUAACUCAAGAGAGAAAUUUCUCUGACAGUUAAGAGAGCAGUCUCUUUAAGCCUAUGGCAACUCAAAUAUCUUUAUUAAUUCACUCUUAGCGUUCUGGGUAUCCCCUGCAGAGGGGAUACCGAAAACGCCAAAGUUUUGGGUACGAGGAUACCCAAAACGCUGUGACGGCGCCCCGAUAGACCCAAGGAACGAAAUGGCUAUCAUUUAUGUACCUAUCAAUUAGAAGCUAUAACAUCCCCCCCAGGCAACCCACGGGUACAUGACCGACUACCGUGCCCGAGAAGGAGAAUUUGAACCUUGACUGGCUGGGGUGGGGAUUUGAUCGAAAAUUGUUGAGUCUUUCCAGCGGAAUAUAAGUUUUAUAUCUUCAGAUAAGGUGGCGUUUAAAGUAAAUAUUUCGCUUUCGCUCAGGGAAAAGGUUUACAAGACUUAGGUUUAAAAGCUUGCUCAGUUUAUAGAAAGUCUUGGUUCAUGAUUUUGCAUUUUAACUAAAAAAAAAAAUCGGGCGGGAGAUUCAGUGAACAGAACUAUUACGAGCGGGUGGGGGAAGGGGGGUAGGAGAGAUUUGAACAACCCAAUCUUUAAAGUCUUCAAAAGCUCAAAUGGCCAGGGAGUUGCCCAAGGGGAUGUUGUAAUUUCGAAUUGAUCGAUGCAUUAUGGAACUUCGUCUAUUCACGGAAUCAUGAUUACGGACCAUGACCAGGGGCAGUAGAAUUUACAAAGUAUGUGAAAAACGUACUACUGUUUCUUGAUUCUCAUCAUCUUUGGACCAGGAGCAUGUCGGUUGAAGUUUCGAUGUGCACGUUUAGAAAGCAACUGCCAAAGGGGCAUGAAAAAAAUGACUAUCCGCAAUGGAUGCGUCAUCCAUCAACUCCUACGGCUGAAAGAAGGCUUUCUUGGUCACCACAACGCAAGUCGUAACUAAAGAUGAAGUGUCCGCAAUGCUUCUGAUCCUUGGAUAACGUAAUAAAGAAAGCGUGAAACAUUGUAUUACGAAUGGCCGGGUUCCUAGCGAAGCCGACGAACUGGGUCGAGGAGACAUGCGGAAAUAACUUUACAAUAGUUAAGCUUUCACUUUCAGGUUUCUUGCCGAAACAUGUCGCAUUACAAAAGUGAAAGCGGUGGAAAUCUUCCGAAAGCACUGUGCCGAUUUGUCAAAAUCCUGCCGACAGGGCCAUACGUAACUUUCGGCAGUGGAUGUAUCGUUUUGCAAAGUGGACCACCUCCAAGUGCUGAUUUAAUAACUACGACUCAAGUUCUAACGAAGAAUGAUCUCUUGGGAGACAGUUCGAUCUUUGUGCAGUUUGAAGAUAACCAAUGGUUCGAACUGAAAUUAAAAAGCCAACAUGCAGCCAAUCUUCCAGAUUCCAAACCCGGAAGAGUGUUGAGGGACAUCAAAGAUAACGAAGACCAAGUGUCGUUCCUACGCAUUCCCGUAGACAUAUUCGACUCCAGGAUGUGGCUAACUAGAAAAAUAAGUCCUAUGAAAAAACGUGCCCUUUCUUGCUUUUAUCCCAGCGAUGAGAAUUUGGAGACUUCCAUUUCAAACAAGAAUAUUACAUGUUAUGUUAUUUCGGAAGACAGGAUGAACCAGAGGUUUUACAUCACCGAACCUUCCUACCUACGUUUUGGCAAAGAUGCACAUGAAUUUGCCCUCUUGUCUGUCACCGAUACCGAUUGCGCAAGUCCAGCAAAGAAUUUCAAAGACUUUGCUAAAGAGGAGAAGCCGAAAGGUGCUCCGCUCUUGGAUGCCAAAGGAAGAUUGGUAGGAAUGCUGGCAGUAGCAAAGUCCGGAGAACGGAAAGUAUUUCCUGUGUUCCUACCGACCUUGACAGGUGACAGCAACACUGAUGGUCCAGGUAAGUUUACUAUAUUCUCUAUAUUUCUUUUGAAAAGCCUUUCCAUUGGAGAUCAAAACAUAGCCAAUACAGAGUAAUCCUUUAAAAUUAACUCGGGUUUAAGUGCGACGAGUUUAACUUAAGACGUGGCAUUUUUUUUUUAAAAUUGGAUGAGUGCCUACGCAUUCUUAAACACUGUUGAACUAAAAAAUAUUUUUCAAAAAGCAAAGCAAACUAGGCUGUUUAAAAUCGAAGUUUCUUAAAUAUCAGAAACCCCUCAGAUGGAAGCAAUUUUCGACAAUGCAACGACUACUGACUGCUCUUCGAUGGUAUUCGCUACAACAAAAAAAAAACUGUUGUGCUGCGUUGAUUGGCAAGUGAAACACUAAGUUUUCUCACUACAAUGAAUUCAAUUCGAUUUAAUUUAAUUUGUUUCAGUUCAUCAAAAUCACUAGGUUACAACGUGGAGGACUAAAAGCCGGAGUCUUAAAUGGCCUAUACUAAGCGGUAAAUAAUUAAAUGGUUAAAAAUUAAAUUAAACAGACUAUACUCAUUCAUCAAACAGAUAAUUAAGACACACUAAGCAAUCACUUAAUUGACUUACAGAAACUUAGUUUCUAAAAAAAUUAAGUUGAAAACACGAAGAUAAGCUAAAUCAAGCAUAAGAGUUAAUAAAAAAUUUGACACAUUUCUUUUAGUUUUAGAUUUAUUUGUAUUUAUCGUUAUGAUAAAACAGAUAUCUAACCUUUCACCGCCUUAAGUCACAUAUUUAGGAAUACAAUUUUUACUCAUUACUGAAGUUAUGCACUAUUUACGGAAUGUCGUUCCAAACAUUAGGAGCUUGACAAGUUAGAGGAAAUUGGUAUGCGUAUUGAAAUUUGUUAAGGUUGUGUCAAGACUGAGUCACAUAAUUUUGAUAGUCAGAGUUAGGAUGUAGGAGUGAAGAAACAGGAGUGGGCAGAACACCAUUGAGGUGUGAAAAUACGAAAAACUAGACGUGGAAUUUACAGAUAGCGUGAAAAAGAAGGAUAUUAAGGUUAGAGAAGAGAGGUUUGGAGUGGGAAUGAGGAUGAGAAAAGGUGAUUAUGCCGGCUUGAAUUUCCUUUGGCAAGUGAGGAGGUUCAAGAUGAGUGGUGUAUGUAGAGGCCCAGAUCACAUUGCAAUAAUUAACAUAAGGGAGAAAGUGAGCAUUUUGCAGGGUCUUCAAGUUCUCCGAAGGAAGAUAUUGUCAAGAUUUGGACAGAUUACCCAUGACUUUGGAGACCUUAUCCUUACCAGCAACAAUGUGAGGUUUCCAGGAGAGAUUUUAGUGGGUAAUGAUUCCAAGAAAUAAGGGCUCAUGGACGCGUUUAAUGGAUGUGUUACUAAUCCAAAUGUUGACUGUUGAGACCUUUCUCUAUCGUGGGUGAAAAUUGAUAAAGUUGACAAAAGUAGAUCAACAGUUACGGUGGUAUUAUGUCACAAUUAAACUGUUGUUAAGUGUAACCAUUCAAAACAUAUUUUGUAGGAGACGAGAAAAAAAGUAAUACAGAUACAGUGCCUGUCCAAAACACAAUAUUCAGACCUGGACCGGAUAAAAAAGAGCAACAUAAUGAUCAUUCAUCUAUAAAUCCACCAUCAAAAGAUUUUAGAAAUGAAUAUAAGGGGGCACAAACCAGCACAACGGAUAGGCAAGGGAGUGAGAGCAGAGGUAAGGGUAGUGACCUACAAUACAAAACAUUACAUGCUGAUUGAGAUCAGCAAAUAGACCACUGCUUACAGCAGUGAAUUCAUCAGGUAGUACUAUUACUAGUAACAGUUCUAACCGAAGGAAGGACAUUUACUAACCACUUCAUGUCGAUCUUGAAUGGUGACAAAAAGUCUAAACUAGUCCAAUUCUUUACACUACCUAGUCCUUCACCUCAAUAGGAUGCUGCAGGCCAACACAAAUUAUCUUUUACGGGUUAUAUGUUGAAUAUAUGAGCAAUAAUUGAGCAUAAUGUGUUUGUACCAAGAGUUAAAUAGAGAUUUCUCAGAGACGUUUAGAGCAGUCUCAUGAGAAAGACCAAAAAAGUUUUUGAUUGAUUUUCAGUUAAAUGCUUCCCUCCAUUUAUACUUAGCAUGCACGGUUGCAUAAAUACCACAUUCCAAAGAAACAAAAUUUUGAGAUGACAUUGGAUAUUGCUUGUGUAGUACUAAAGCUAUGAAAACAGUAAAAGCCUUAAUAUUGGCUGAUUAAUCUAAUCAUCUCUUGUAAACAACAGCUGCUGGAUCAAGCGUUAAUUGAAACACUCUCACAGACAAGAAUACUUUCUGUGACUAUAUUUUGAAAUAAGUAAUUCAACUUAAGCCUUCACUGCUUCACAUCUUUAUAAUUUCUCUCAGUAAAAAGACUUGCAGCCUCAAAUAAAGAAACACUUUCAUUGCAUCUUCAAAAUGUUUAAAUUUAUGCACAUGGAAAUUUGACACACACGGGAGAACAUUAAUCACUGUUUUUUUAGACUGCCUGGGGAAGGCAUUAAUCAUUCUGACUGGCAUUACUCAUGAAUCUCUCAAGACUUUUCAGGAGCUCUUCAGCAACCCCACAAAGUGAAACCCAAAAUACAUCAAGAUUUUCUAGAGUCUUUUUAAAGGACUUUAUCAGCCUAAUGCUUUGAUAAAGAGAACAUUAAUACUGUUUGAUUCAAUACCACAUUUUAGAAAAAAAGAUUUGAAGUUAGCACCAACAUUCCAACAAAAGAUCAACAAAUAGACUACUGCUUUAAGUAGUGAAUCAAACAAAUAGUACUAUUACUAGUAACAGUUCUAACUAAGGGCAUUUACGAACCACUUUAUGUCCAUCUUGAGUGGCAACAAAAAGUCUAAACUAAUCCAACUCUUUGCACUAACUACAAUACCUAGUCCUUCAUCCUCAAUAGGAUGCUGCAGGCCAACACAAACUAUCUUUUGUGUGUUAUAUGUUGAAUAUAUGAACAAUAAUUGAGCAUAAUGUGUUUGUACCAAGAGAUAUUUGAUUAAACAUAUGGGAAAAAAAAACUAAAUGUUAACCCUUCAACUCCCAGAAGUGAUUAACAUGAAACUCCCUAUAAUAUCCAUUUAUUAUUCAGUAAACAGGUUAUGAGAAUAUUCAAACUUAUCAGGUAGAAGCUGCUAUCUCAAUCUAGCACCAAGUUCUCAUAACUAAUUUACAGGAAAAUAUGUAGUAGUUAGAGGGCAGAAUUAACAAUCAGACUUUGGGAGUUAAAGUUACUCAGUAAACAGGUUAUGAGAAUAUUCAAACUCAUCAGGUAGAAGCUGCUAUCUUGAUCUAGCACCAAGUUCUCAUAACUAAUUUACGGGGAAAUGUGUAGCAGCUAGAGGGGACAAUUAACAAUCAGAUCUUGGGAGUUAAAGUUUUAAUUAAGUAAAUUUUGUUUAUUUUGGUACUAAAGGGCUGAGUUGCCUCCAACAUGGUCUAUCUUUGCACAAGUGACUUGUAACAAAUUGUCAGUAAAGAAGAUAUCAUGGAUGUUCUUAUCCUCCAUCUGGACAGAUCAGUCUGUCUUGCUCCUGGAGUUCCAGCCAUUCAACGUUGGGAGCAUCUUGCUGACCAGUUUAAGUUACCAUACGAUGUAAAGAGUCAAUGUGCAAAUUUCUCUGGAAAGCUGAGCUCAAGUGAAUCAUUGUUUGGACACUUACGUGUAACAAAAGACUCCCUUACAGUGGAAGAGGUCAAAAGCUGCCUCAAGAAACUGGAAAGAAAUGAUGUUGUUGCGGAGCUGGAGAAAAACAGUCACCUCAAAGGUAACCCUUUGGCACCCUUUGAAGCAUAUGUCUGUUUUUAU